AUUUCUUUUUGGGAAACCCAUUCUCUCUCUUUCUCAGCCACUGUCUCUUGACUCAGUUGGUUAGCCGCUAUGAACAAAAACCCUCUCACUUUUCCUUCUUCUUCUUCCACUCUCACUCUCUAUUCAUCCUUCACUACCAUGUUUUCGUAGAAAUAUAAGGUUCUUCUUGGACAACCCAGAACAUUUUUGUUUCUGCUUUUUAAAAUGAAACCACAUGCCAAUGGGGUUUCUAGAGGUCAUAAGGCAAAUGGUACUACUCAAGUUGAAGGGCCUAACUGGCUUAUUUUUGCUGCUGGUGCAUUGUUGAGUACCUUAUCCAUUCGCCUUGGUUACAAGUUGAAGCAGGCACUUGACUCCAAACCCAAGCAGAAUGCAACUUCCAUUCAGAAAGGAAAUGGAAAAUCCUCCAGCACAAAGAAAUCGGCAGACUAUUUUUUGCAGACUAAUGGAUAUUCCCAAAUGCAAGAUAAUCACGGAUGCUUCACUUGCAUCUCAGGAACUGGUGGUACCAUGGAACUAAAGUGCCCACCAAAUGGACAGAUGCUGAAUGAGUUUGAUGGAGCUCUACCAUUGGUGACUGUUCCUGCUGCUGCUGUUGCUCCUGAAUUUAGCAAGGAAAAUGGUGCUGUGUGGGCAUGCUCCCCUGAGCAUCAUCUUGAAUUGCCUUCAAAGCCAUUCCACCAUUCAAACUGCUCAGAUUCACCGUGUGUAUCAGAAUCUGGUUCUGAUAUUUUUAGUAAGAGAGAAGUCAUUCAGAAACUGCGGCAACAGUUGAAGAGAAGAGAUGACAUGAUUCUAGAAAUGCAAGAUCAAAUGGCUGAAUUGCAAAAUUCACUCAAUGCCCAGAUGGGGCUUUCUUCACAUUUGCAAAUGCAGCUUGAUGCCACAAACAGGGACUUAUUUGAUUCCGAGAGAGAGAUCCAAAGGCUAAGAAAAGCAAUUGCAGAUCACUGUGUUGGAUACAUUCCCCAUGACAAAUCUUCCAAAGUUACAACUUCUGUUGAGACUAGAAAUGGUCUUUUAAAUGGGCAUCUUGAUGGGGAGAGUAAUUCUGAGUCCCCUGAAAAACUAAGAGAUGAAGAGGAGAGAGUUGAAUUGCUGAAAAGACAAGUGGGUGAGUUGAAAGAGGUAAUAGAAGGAAAAGAAUACUUGCUUCAGAGCUACAAGGAGCAAAAGACAGAACUCGCUCUGAAAAUCAGGGAAUUGCAGCAUAGAUUGGAUUCUCAGCUGCCUAAUAUUUUGUAGAAGCUGUCAAGUUUGUGAAUACUUUGGUUCUUUUCAUUUGACAAAUAUUCACUGUCUUCUUCCUCAUUCUUUAUUUUCUCUGUAAUUAGCUCAAUAUAUUUCUGAGUUUGUGCAAUGUGUGCUACUGAUAAAUGAACGAGAGGGCUGCAUAUUAAAAAUGGCUA